AUGAUAACGCAAACCGUCAUCUUCCUUACCCUUCUUAUUCCUUGUUAUUGGCUAGUGUUUGGUUUCUCAUCAAAACCAUAUUUUGAAGAUAUGCAAUUUCUUAUGUAUAGAUAUUCCUAUAAUCGCAAUCCCCAAGUGAUCAGCGAUCCCAGUUACGAACUAGUCUGUGAGAAGAACAAGAGCGUGUUAUAUCUGAACUAUGGGAGGCAACUAGUAGAGGCCAUUUAUGCCACUAACUCUACCACCACUCUCCAAUCCAUCACUGCUGGAAAUGACAUCAACAACUACUCCGCUAUCACUCGUACAUACGACAACUUCACCCACGUUUUCUCAUCAGCAAAAGAGAUGGAACUGAGAGACAAAAAUUAUCGUAUUUUUGUGGGUGAAUUAGUGUUUGUCAGCUGCAAAAAUCCAGUUCUCUCUCAUCUGUAUGAGAAUAUUGUGGCGCUUUGUUCUACUGAAGAGCCAGAAGCGCAAUAUUCUUAUAUGCUGAAGCAGUAUCCAAGUCCAUCUGAUGUGGGAGAGUCCUGCAAAAUAGAUUUGAUGGUGAAAAUGGUGCCAUGGGGACCGAUGACAUGUAAUGAGAAAUGUUCAUAUCAGAAACAUGAGAGUGAAGUGGUAAAGGGGAUUCACAUCAAAUGGCGUGCUGAUCGUUGUGGAGUGGCGAACGGAGGGGAACCUAGUUGCUGGUUUGAAAAUGCCACUAAUAUGAUUCUCUGUCAUCGGGAUGCACUAAAUCCUGAUUUUGCAAUGUUCAUUGGUGAGCUUCGUGGAUUUUUAUCUCGACUUCUCUUGGAGGUACUUGGAUACAGGUAUGUGCCAAUCAAGGUACUCAUAAUUUCCUCAGUUACAGCUAUAGCAUUUUCCCCUCCUUUUUGUUACAUCCCUAUUGUUAUUGAUCCUAUGGACUGUGUUGCCUAUUGGUUUGCAGCAAAAUUUGCUUUGGGAUUCCCAAUUUUUGUGGGGUUUCUAAUAUAUAAUAUGAGAAGGAGGCAUUUAUCUGAGUAUGAUGACAUUGAGGACUUCCUACGAAGUCACAGCAAUUUAGUGCCCAUCAAAUACUCUUACUCUGACAUAAGAAGAAUGACAAAAAAUUUCAAGCAUAAGUUAGGAGAAGGGGGUUAUGGUUCUGUAUAUAAAGGAAAGCUUCGAAGCAAGCGUGAUGCGGCUGUUAAGCUAUUAGGCAAGUCAACAACGGAUGGGCAUGAUUUCAUCAAUGAAGUUUCCACCAUUGGAACUAUUCGUCAUGUAAAUGUGGUGCAACUGAUAGGAUUUUGUGCAGAGAGAAGAAAGCAAGCUCUUGUUUAUGAGUUCAUGCCAAACGGAUCUUUAGAUAAAUACAUACUUUCUGAGCAUGAAAAAUCAUCAAUAAAUUAUGAGAAGAUCAAUGAGAUUUCUUUAGGGGUGGCUCGUGGGAUUGAGUACCUACAUCAAGGUUGCGACAAGCAAAUCCUACACUUUGAUAUCAAACCUCACAAUAUUCUUCUUGAUGAGAAUUUUUCUCCCAAGAUUUCAGACUUUGGAUUGGCAAAACUAUAUCCAACAGAUAAAAGUAUUGUGUCUCUAACUGCAGCUAGAGGCACAAUGGGAUACAUGGCUCCUGAAUUGCUGUAUAAAAACAUUGGAGGCAUCUCACACAAGGCUGAUGUUUAUAGUUUUGGGAUGAUGCUGAUGGAAAUGGCAGGAAGAAGAAAGAACUAUGAUGUUGUGCAGAAUUCGUGGCAGACUUACUUUGCGAAAUGGGUUCAUGAUCAGUUUGAAGAAACAAUAUUUAAAAGCAAUGCCACAGAAGAAGAGAAGAAGAUAGCCCAGAAAAUGAUUACAGUUGCUUUUACUUGCAUACAGCUGAGCCCAAGUGAUCGCCCCUCAAUGAGCAGAGUAGUGGAGAUGCUUCAAGGAGAUGUUGAUGUCUCAGAGAUCUUCAGAGCAUAGUACGAGAGACAGUUCGAUUUUAACAUAAGAUGUGUAAACAAGUUCUUAUAAUUAGAAUCAAAGGUAGUAUAUAUCAAUCUAAGAAAUAUUGUAAACCUAACUCUAGAUCAUUUUCUUAUGGUUUGAAAAUUUUCACGCAUUAGUUUUG